UUGUCAAAAGGCAGCUGCCGAGCCCGAAGCCCCGGUUGCGCCCAGCAUCGUGUCCACUCGCCAGACCAGAUUCUUUCGGUCAGACUUAUCUGUGAGACUUCCCGGGACAGCAUCCUGAGGCCCUAGUCGUCCCUGCUCCUUCAGGAAGGUUCUCCACAAAAGAACUCCCACCAGCUCUCCCCCAGGAAGGGAAAGGUGGCCGACGGCUAUGCUGAGGGCGUCAGCUGCCUCCGGCAGUGACUCUCACCCUGACUGUGGCCUGCCUGCUGCCCUUACGAGGAUGGAGGCGAUGGCAGCCAACACUUCCCUGCCUGACCCUGGUGACUUUGACCGGAAUGUGCCUCGGAUCUGUGGAGUGUGUGGGGACCGAGCCACCGGCUUCCACUUUAAUGCUAUGACCUGCGAAGGCUGCAAAGGUUUCUUCAGGAGGAGCAUGAAGCGGAAGGCACUGUUCACCUGCCCCUUCAGUGGGGACUGCCGCAUCACCAAGGACAACCGGAGACACUGCCAGGCCUGCCGGCUCAAACGCUGUGUGGACAUCGGCAUGAUGAAGGAGUUCAUCCUAACAGAUGAGGAGGUGCAGCGUAAGAGGGAGAUGAUCAUGAAGAGGAAGGAGGAAGAAGCCUUGAAGGACAGCCUGAGGCCCAAGCUCUCCGAGGAGCAGCAGCGAAUCAUCACCAUCCUGCUGGAUGCCCACCACAAGACCUACGACCCCACCUAUACCGACUUCAGGGAUUUCCGGCCUCCAGUUCGUACAGAUGGGAGUGCAAGGAGCUACACUCAAAGGCCCACACUCAGCUUCUCCGGGGACGACUCCUCCUCCAGCCCUGACCUGUACACCACCUCACUGGACAUGAUGGAACCAUCCAACUUCAACCUGGAUCUGAAUGAAGAGGACGCUGACGACCCUUCUGUGACUCUGGAUCUGUCCCAGCUCUCCAUGUUGCCCCACCUGGCUGACCUCGUCAGUUACAGCAUCCAGAAGGUCAUCGGGUUUGCCAAGAUGAUCCCAGGAUUCAGGGACCUCACUUCUGAAGACCAGAUUGUGCUGCUUAAGUCAAGCGCCAUCGAGGUUAUCAUGUUACGCUCCAAUCAGUCCUUCACCAUGGAUGACAUGUCCUGGGACUGUGGCAGCCAGGACUACAAGUAUGAUGUCUCCGAUGUCACCAGAGCUGGGCACACCCUGGAGCUGAUUGAGCCCCUCAUAAAGUUCCAGGUGGGGCUGAAGAAGCUGGACCUCCAUGAGGAAGAACACGUCCUGCUCAUGGCCAUCUGCAUCGUCUCUCCAGACCGGCCUGGGGUACAGGACCCCAAGCUGGUUGAAGCCAUCCAGGACCGCCUAUCCAACACUCUGCAGACCUAUAUCCGCUGCCGCCACCCACCCCCAGGCAGCCACCAGCUCUAUGCCAAGAUGAUCCAGAAGCUGGCUGACCUUCGAAGCCUCAACGAGGAACACUCCAAACAGUACCGCUCCCUCUCCUUCCAGCCGGAGAAUAGCAUGAAGCUCACGCCCCUCGUGCUGGAGGUGUUCGGCAAUGAGAUCUCCUGACCAGGGUGGCCCGAGGUGGUGCCUGGGUGGGGCCUCUCCUCCAGGGCCCUGUGCCCAGGCCCUCGGCUGAUGGCAGCUCAGCAGUGCCUCCUUCCCCUUCCAGAGUUCAGUCCUCCCUCUGGCCCAUCCUUUCUCCUGCCCAGCCAGACACCAGCUCUCCUCCUGCAGACCACAGGUCCUGCCUGUUCCUUGAGACCUCUGCUAUGAGAGGCCUGCUGCUUAUUUGACAAAGAAACUCAAGUGGGGGUAGAGGGCAGAGGCUGAAGGCAGAGACGGGCCCAGGGAUGCCCCUACCACAAGGGGCUGCUGCUUGUGUCAAGGGAGGCAGGCAGGAGAGAUGUGCCCAUUCCUCAGGGAUAGGUACCUGCACCUCCCCCAAUUCUAGCCCUACCUGCUCAGAGCCUGCUGGGAAAUCCUACCCCCGCCUACAAAGGGUACACAACCUACCCACAAUCCCCCCCCCUGGCCCCAUCUCAUCCUGCUGCCAGUCUGUGCUAUUCCGUCCCAGGGUAGUAGGUCACUAUGGGGUCUCCUUCCUUUGCUAUUAUACUCUAAACUCAUUCACUGCCAAGAUGACCAAAUACACUGCCACGCUAACCGAGGAGAACUCGCCUAGCCCUACAGUUCCCUGAGAUUCUGCCAUGGUCAUCCACAGGGCCAGUACCGCUGGCACACUGGGUUUCUUCCCUGUCCCCAGAACCAGGGAAUGCAGGGCCCAAGCAAUGAAGAACGGAGAAAGCCAGCCUCCCAGCAGGGCAAUGAACGGAGGCCCAUCUGUCCUUGCCGCCUAGCCGAGGGUUCCGAAGCCUGGAGCUAUUGGGACCUCUCCCCUCACCUGACAAUUUGUGUCAGGACCAAAUUGUCCCCAACUUUGAGAACACCCCAGCUCUGUCUUCACCCCUACCCUGCCAGUGCCUUACCACCUAUCCUGGAAAACCCUUUUGCUUUGGCCUCCCAGGGCCUCACAAUUUGCUCACCAAGAGUAUCCCAGAAGCCAUCUCAGCUUCUCCACCCACCCCCCACCUGUCAACAGAGGCCUGUGAAGUGGGCAGGUGAUGCUAGGUCCAUAGCUUCAAACUCCAUCUCUUCCUCUGUAGCAGCCCAGCCCAGGUCCUUGGAACCACAAUCUCACUUACACCAGAUAAACAUGCUGAUUAUGGGUUGUGGGUGCGGGGGACCCUUACAGAAAUGGUUUUUUCAUAGGGGGACUCAUAGAAUGUCCUUCAAAUGAAUGCUUAAUUUGGGGGACACAGCUGUAUUGCAUGCACCAAUAGUGUGCUGAGGUCAGUGGGAACAUGGCCCUGUGAGCCCCAGCUGUGUCCUUCUAUCCACAUUUUUUAUCCCCUGAAAACAGAUGUAACCUUGCAAGAACCAUUGGCAUCCACCUGGCCCCAUGGUUCCCAGAAUUCAAAUGGAAAAACAUCUGAAAGCCUCAUUCCCGUAUUUCAGAAUGGCCUACAGAAGGCUUAGAUCAGAGUUGUUUUCAGAAUUAGACUGCACCUUGUACUGUGUUCUAACGCUGAGGGUGGCAGCGCCUGAUUCAGAAUUGGUGUGUGUGUGUGUGUGUGUGUGUGUGUGUGUGUGUGUGUGUGUGCGCGCGCCUGUGUGUGUGUGAAAACACUGUACAUUAAUGACUGUUGUUACUGCACAAAGCAAUAGAGAGAGACCUUUGAUUUCAACUGCAGGACACAUUGAUCCAGCUUAUUAUUCAUGGAAGGGAAAGUUUGAACUGCUAAGCUAGUUCAACCCCUUGAUAAUGAGAACCUGACAUUAGAGGAGAGCGUGGAUUACCCAGGCUCUUACAAUGAGAAAUAGACCCAGGCCUGGAGAAAAUUUCAGCUUACGGUCUUGGACCUGUUUCCACUGCUCUGGUAGCUGAGCCGGGAUGUCAGGAGGCCCUGGAUAUUAGCGCCUCCAGAGACUAUCAGUUACUUCGCCCAAGGGCCCCCCACCACUGAGGCAGAGCCCAGAGGGGGUCAGAAGCUGGGAGGAAAAGACAACAGGGCCAGUUGCAUCCAAGAAGCUGAACUGAGAGGGAAGGGCAUUGUCUCGUUUGUUUAUUCUGGAUGUACAAAGGUGGGCCUUGAAAGAGCUCACACCUCUGAGGUGUAUUAUUAGGCCGGAAGGGAAACGGACACCACCAUGAAAAGCCAGCAGGAUUUCAUGAGAUAGGAGGCUCCCCCUACUGCCUAAGUGGAAGAAAGCCGAGUCCAAACCAGGCCAACAACGGUGGUGGGGAUAGAGAAAUCUGGCGAGGUUGGACAUCAAGCAUCAGUAGAAGGCUCUGAUGAGCUUCCCAAGAGAUUUCCAAAGAGGAAAGAAAACGUUUUUCCAGGAGCUUGUCAAAUAAACCAAUGAAAAAGCUUUGCCGAUGGUAAUAGAAGCAGCUCAUAGUCACACAGCACUUACCCUGUGACAAACACCGCUGUAAAUAAACGCCUCGUGAAAAGCCA